CCAUCCAAACCACCACACUCCACACACCUGCAUCCCCCAUCUUUUCCAUCCACGCCCUUCUUUCUAGUCUUCUGAUCGUUUGCCAUCAUGAAGUCGGCCAUCUUGCUCGCCGCUUCGAGCGUGCUCGGCACCGCCACUGCCGGGGUCCACAAGAUGAAGCUCAAGAAGAUACCUUUGAGCGAGCAACUGCAACAUGCCGACAUCCAGGAGCAGGUGCACGCUCUAUCACAGAAGUACUCACAGAAGUUCAUGGGCAAGCCCGAGAGCCACAUGGAGCAAGUCUUCAAGGCGCCCUACAUCGCCGACGGAACGCACCCAGUGCCCGUCACCAACUUCUUAAAUGCUCAGUACUUCUCUGAGAUCUCUCUCGGUACUCCUCCCCAGACGUUCAAGGUCAUCCUCGACACUGGCAGUUCCAACCUUUGGGUCCCUUCGUCCGAGUGCAAUUCCAUCGCCUGCUACCUCCACACAAAGUACGAUUCAUCGUCAUCAUCGACCUACAAGAAGAACGGCACUUCGUUCGAGAUCCGCUACGGAUCGGGAGAGCUCAGCGGUUUCGUGUCUCAAGACGUUUUCCAGAUUGGCGACCUCAAGGUGAAGCACCAGGACUUUGCCGAGGCCACCUCUGAACCUGGUCUUGCUUUUGCCUUCGGCAGGUUCGACGGCAUCCUGGGUCUUGGUUACGACACCAUCAGCGUGAACAAGAUUGUUCCCCCCUUUUACAACAUGCUCGACCAGGGUCUGCUGGACGAGCCCGUCUUUGCUUUCUACCUCGGAGACACCAACGAGCAACAGGAGUCCGAGGCCACUUUCGGUGGCAUCGAUGAGAGCCACUACAGCGGCAAGCUCAUCAAGCUCCCGUUGAGGCGCAAGGCUUACUGGGAGGUUGAUCUUGAUGCCAUCACCUUCGGCAAGGAGACUGCUGAGAUGGACAACACCGGUGUCAUUCUUGACACUGGCACAUCUCUCAUCGCUCUUCCCUCGACUAUCGCGGAGCUUCUCAACAAGGAGAUCGGCGCCAAGAAGGGUUUCAACGGUCAAUAUACCGUGGAGUGCGACAAACGCGACAGUCUGCCCGACCUUACCUUUACGCUUACCGGUCACAACUUUACCAUCAGUGCCUUUGACUACGUUCUCGAGGUCCAGGGGUCUUGCAUCUCUGCCUUUAUGGGCAUGGACUUCCCUGAGCCAGUGGGCCCACUUGCUAUUCUCGGCGAUGCCUUCCUCAGGAAGUGGUACUCCGUCUACGACCUUGGAAACUCGGCCGUCGGCCUUGCCAAGUCCAAGUGAGCCAUGGACAACCGGAGGAGAUGGAAACAGGACUGAAUUGUUUGCUGCGAGUGUCGUUCGUCUGGGCGACGGCGUUUGGCUCAAAUUGUACCUAUGGAUGACUUGUUUAUUAGUACAGUAGUAGCGGUGAUGUGCACAUUAGCGAUUACAGAUGGAUGUGCCAUGCAAUAGUGACCCCAUCAAAUAUAGUCCAAUCGCCC